GACAAAUUUCGUGUGCUUUUCGAGUCUGCCAUGUUUUGUCCUAUUUGUCGCGCUUGAUCAACGCGUUCUCGUUUACUGUUCCGAGCUGUUAUUUUCUGAAUGUAUUGCGGGCUGUGUUUUGUUUACAAAUAGUGUAGUUAAUUGUGUUGUAUUAAAAUCUGAUUGAACAUUGGAUCAAUCGAUCAAUUUGCUACCUCUGUGUGUGACAGUGUAAUUCGUAUUUCAACAAUUUAUAAAAUCAUUCACUAGCUUGCUACUGUCUGCAUUCAAAGAAAUUCCGUCGUGUUUUUUGUAACAUUCGUAUCCGCCAAUGUGAUUUCAUAACAUUUUAGCGUUUCUGUCUGUGACGCAACCCACGUGCACAUUAUAACGAGUAUCGCAUGCACAUUUGUUGUUAUUUUGUUCGCGAGUUCAAUUCGUCCAGGUAGUCGGGUUCCGAUCAAACGGAAAUCGCGCGGCGGAGCUGUGGUAUCAUCGCUUUGCACCGACUGCAUAUUGUCAUUUUAAACGGUGAUUACUGAUCGUAAUAGAUAUUAAUUAGUGUUGUUGGAGUGCUCGGGCUGCCGGGUGCAGCAUACACGUGACGCGUGCACGGGACGAGUGUUUGGGUGUUAGUCGGUUGCGGUUUGCUUGCGGGCGCACGCCACAGUCCGCCUGCAGUGCAGUGCCGAGCGCGCGGUGGCGGCGGCGGCUCUUGACUCGACGCGAGGUGAAUCACCGCUGGCGUGUUGAUCGUGCUUGUUUACCCGGGAGUGCAUAAGUGCGUGUAGCGGAAGUGUAUAAGGCAUGUGCGCCGCCGUUUGGCGCCGAUGACACCGCCGUCGGAGGUGACGGCGUUUUAAUCGCGAGUGUGUGUUGUUAUGAUCCUUGGGUUAUGAGUGUGUGACAAAGUUGUAGAGUGAGGACACUGGAGCCCCUAGACGGAGUUGGGCCCGCCGGGGCGGCCCUGGUGCUUCUCGGGGCUCCUCACGAAGGCAAAAUGGCUGCGUGGAACCGCCACCACCAUUUCAACAUGCUCAUGGAUGAGAAUGCUAAAAAUAAAUUGAGUGUUGUCGGUGGUGGUAUGCCGGAAGCCGCCGGUGGCGAGCGGCGCCACGGGCCGCUCUAUGGCAGGCUGGUGGCCGAAGACCAGCUCGCUUCGAUGAGCGCACCCUCCGACAUUCAGGUGAGCGCCACCGCGCGCAACCAACGAGCUUUCUGCCGCUACCGUACCCCUGUUCAGGCUAUGCAAGCCCGAAUACCACACCACUUUCGUGACCCUUCAACGGCGCCUCUUAGGAAACUCAGCGUAGAUCUCAUCAAAACCUACAAACAUAUAAAUGAGGUAUAUUAUGCAAAGAAGAAACGGAGAGCGCAACAGUACCUGGGAGAGGAUGGAUCGCACAAGAAGGAGAGAAAGUUGUACAAUGAUGGUUACGAUGACGAUAACCAUGACUACAUCAUCAAACAAGGCGAGAAGUUCCUCGACCGGUACGAGAUCUCAUCACCGAUUGGCAAGGGGUCUUUUGGACAGGUUGUGAAGGCGUAUGACCACGAGGAGCAAUGUCAAGUAGCGAUAAAAAUAAUUAAGAAUAAGAAACCCUUCCUAAACCAGGCACAAAUAGAAGUCAAGUUACUAGAAAUGAUGAAUAGGGCGGAUGCUGAAAAUAAGUAUUAUAUAGUGAAACUGAAGCGUCACUUCAUGUGGCGCAACCACCUGUGCUUGGUAUUUGAGCUGCUGUCGUACAAUCUAUACGAUCUACUGCGCAACACCAACUUUCGCGGCGUCUCGCUCAACCUGACGCGCAAGUUUGCUCAGCAGUUGUGCACCGCGUUACUGUUCCUUAGUCAGCCUGAACUAAAUAUAAUUCACUGUGAUCUUAAGCCUGAAAAUAUUCUACUAUGUAAUCCGAAGCGGUCAGCCAUUAAGAUUGUAGACUUCGGGAGUUCGUGUCAACUAGGUCAAAGGAUAUACCAAUACAUCCAGUCGAGGUUCUACAGGUCGCCGGAGGUGCUUCUCGGCGUGCCGUACGACCUCGCGAUAGACAUGUGGUCGCUAGGUUGCAUACUCGUCGAGAUGCACACAGGUGAGCCGCUGUUCAGCGGCGCCAAUGAACUCGACCAGAUGAACAAGAUCGUCGAAGUGCUCGGCAUGCCACCCGAUCAUUUACUAGAUCAGGCCCACAAAACGAGAAAGUUCUUCGACAAAUUACCAGCCUCCGAAGGUGGUGGCUAUGUGUUAAAGAAAGUCAACGGGAAAGAUGGAAGCGGUUACAGGAAGUACCGCGCGGCGGGCACGCGGCGGCUGCACGACAUCCUCGGCGUGGAGGGCGGCGGGCCGGCCGCGCGCCGCCGCGGCGAGCCCGGCCACUCCGUCUCCGACUACCUCAAGUUCAAGGACUUAAUCCUCCGUAUGCUCGAAUAUGAUCCCAAGCAACGCGUGACGCCGUACUACGCGUUGCAGCACAACUUCUUCAAACGCACCGCGGACGAGUCGACGAACACGCAACAGGCGCAGGCGCAGUCACAUCACCAGCACGUGGGCGGCGCGCGGCUGUGGGGCGGCUCCGAGCGAAUGGACGUGGAAGGCGUUCGGCGUGAAGAUGACUUGCUGCAGCCCGUUUGCCAAUUGCAGCACAGCCCUGUCGCCAUACACUAGCGCCACUACCGCUACUAGCGUCACUAGCUCUACUAGCGUCGCGCCACUAGCGCCGCCGCCAGACAAACUGACACGGUUGUCAAACUGACAUUGCAGCCCUGUUGUCUCCGAGCGAUAGCGUCAUGUGGACACUUAUGCUGUCGGGUCAUCGAAAACAGAUAUUAAGUUUAUUCGCCGUUGCUUUACUUUACGCGCUAGUCAAAAUUAAUAUCUCACUUUCAACAGACGCUUGUAAAACAAGUGUCCCUGAAGCAAGUGAGGGAGCAGCACUAAACUAGUGAGGUGACAACCCGUACGUCGUCACGUAAUUUGUCUAUUGAAGUGAAAGAUGGAGUGAACAGUCCAGUGUGAUCGUUAGUGGCGCGGCGGACGCGAAGUUACUCGAGAUAGUCACAGGACCGAACGUCGAACGUGGGAUUCUAAGUGGCUCGAUAACCACCACGGACACUAACGGUGCUUAUAAGACACUGCUAUGUAUAGUCAAUAUAAGUGAUUUUGUACUCUAGCUGACCGUAAUACUAGUGUAAUUCGCGACCUACCGAACUCGGACUCGUGGACGUGACGCUUCGGAAUGUCGUAACGAACAGUCGAUAAUAAGACAAGUGCUCAAAAGAGAUAUGGUUGUGUGUGCUAACUGGUACUGUAUGGACUAUGAGUUUAGUUAAUUACGCACACUUGCGUGACAUUGCCGCUAGUGAGGGAGGUACGUGGACGACCGCAGUCGGGCCAUAUCGAGCCGCAGGCAGAGCGCUGCGCACGGGCAUAACUGUUGGUGUAGUUUAAGUAAAAUAAAAUCACUCUAUAUUUAGAGGACGGUAUAGAAGCGAGUGUAGUGAGUAAUUCUAGAGAAAUCAAGACACCUCGGCGUUGGACUAGAACUCUAGUACAAUCUGUGGCAGGACUAUUGGACUGAAUCCAUAUUUAUAAUUAUAUAUUUUUAUUUAAUGCGAUAAGUCUGACUGUAAAGAAAAUAUGAUUGGUGACGAUUUGUUACGUUGUAACAUGUAUUAUUUGUUCUUAAUGGCUUCACUCGACAGUACUUAGAGAUUGUUCCGUACGACCGCAUAUGAAACUAAACACCACAACCGGUUGCAUAAAAGGGCAUGAAAGCUAGGUUUUUUUAUUGUUACGCAAUGCAUAUCAAGAACGCAAUAUGGUAGUAAAUAAAUAAUGUAUAUAAAAUUUAGGGAACCAGACUAAUGGAUACAGACUGCAAUAUAAACUGGAUAGUCUAGACUUUAGUUACGAACUAUGCUAGUUAGGCUUUCAUUCAGUUAUAAUUAUCACAAGCUUUAUAUUUUUAAAGUGUCGGCAACUGAUGACUGAAAACAAAGGGCCAAUGUGAAUUUGUUUUUUACACAAACAAUUGUAAUAGAUUUAAGUAUGUUUUAUGCACAAAAGUGAAUUAUAUUGUCACACCUGGCUUAUUUAUUUGACUGAUUAUAUUAUCAAAAUUGUUCAUUCGAUGCCCUCGCAUUACAAACUUGUUCAUAUAGGACGCAGAGAACCUCAGAUACUUGAGCCAGCCUCGAGCGCUGGUUAUUUUUAACCGUUGGAUUAUUCAGACGAUGUGUAAAACAGAAUAGUAUUUAGGUAAUUCUAUAAAACACAAAAUGUACUUGUAGGUUACGAGAAUGUUGAAUCAUAUAUAAAAUUUUUGGGUAUUUCAGAUAGGGAAUUAAUAAUGUGAAUUAUUGACUUGUUCAACCUUUUUGGAUUUGAAUCUACAAUAGACUAACCUCAUUGCAAACAGACUGGUCGAAACUUUGUAACGGAGAUAUUUUGUAUAGUAUUACACUGAAUCACUGCCUUAUAGUGCCGGAACUGUGCGUGGGCCCAUCAUUCGACUGUGCACUUUUAAAGCAGACUGCCUUGUUAGUUAAGUAAUGUUUAAUUUCUCCAAUAAGACACGGGACUCCUUUAAUAUGUUUAACGGAGUCUUGAAUUUGAAUAUACUUAAAUCUUGCUUCUAUCGCCUUGUGUUUUAAAGGUGUUUGCAGCAAGUGAAAUGUUAUAAUAAUAAUAUUGUUUAUCAGAAUAUGAAGCUAUAGUACGUACAUAUUAGCAACAUGAUCGAGUAAACUAUAUCGAGCCUGCGCAAAAGUCGCUCGAAUGCGGGCCCACAACUUAGCAACUUUAACCAGAACUCGUAUAUAUAGUAAAAUAUAAUUUUUAAUUAUUUUAGUUAAUUAUUGACUGACGUAAUUUUGGUCCUGGGUAAAGCUGCUGAUUCGACGAUGUCGCAACUGAACGCAGAUUAUUUCGUACUGACUGCAAACCGUUGCUGUGAAUUUUUAUAAAAAAAAAAAAAAGUACUACAACACUACUAUAAUUUUUUUUUAACAAGUAUAUGUGUGAUCGAGCAAUUUGUUUUCUUGCAUGAAGCAUUAAAGUAUUUUUCAACGUUCAUUUCGUGUAGUGCUGAUAAAAUAGUUUAUUCAAUUUCAUUGUAGAUUUGAAUCUAUUUCUAAUCUCGCUGUUCUGUAUUAUAAAUUUUUAACUAUCUGUAUAAUAUCUACUAUAAUACUUUUCUGCUUCAUGAGGUUAUAGGAUUGUUAGAAUGAAUAUAAAAAUAGGUAUGGGAUACACGUUUUAUUUGACGAUAGUGCAGUGUCGAGCAUUGAAAUGGCAGGUUUCCAAAAUGUUCUCAAUGUGUAUUACAAUUACAAAUUGUUAUAAUUAAAUUUUUACAAUUGUACAAUUGUAUUUAUGUUUCUUCAGUUUUAUAAUAUUAAAUUUUGCAAUAUAAUUAUUAAAUAAUUAAGUUUACGUGCAUUAAAAUAGAUUAUUAUUUGUUAUUAACAUACCGUACAUUGUAUUGUUUUGUUUUGUUGGCGAAAGGAAAUCUGCCGCAACAUUGUUAUCACGAUUUGUCAGAAAGUAAGUGAUAAAACACAAAACACCAACCUAAUUGAAUAGUUUAUAAAUCCAUUACUCAAGAAAGGCCCUAGGUGUUUGCGCUUGAGUAUGUAAUAUACUAUAAUUACUAUUUAUUUGUACUGUGACAGUAUGGGAUUAUAUCAGAGUGGUGGCAUGUGCUGGUGCGCGAAGCUAUGAGCUAAAAGUUUAUUUCCUAUCGGAUUGUCAGUUCGCAGGCACUGUAACAAUAAAAGGAUAGAGCUUUAUGUCACUAAGUUUUGUAUUUUAAAUCAAUAAACGAUAGCAAUGACA